CACAAAAUCUGAAGUAUCGUUGUCAUCGCGACAAAUCACUAGUUUUCCACAACCACAAUCAAUAUGUCCGAGGCUUUCUUUGACGAAUACGAUUACUACAACUUCGAUCACGAUAAGCACAUUUUUACCGGACACGGUGGAAAACAGCGCACCAAGAAGGAAGUGAACGAACACACCAACCAUUUCGACCCCUCCGGCCACUCCAGAAAGAUCGUCACCAAACUCGUCAACACAGAGAAUAACAAGAAAGCGAAUAAACACUAGUUAAAGCAAUGAAUCUCGACCGAGGCGUGUAGAAGGAUUUUGAGAUUUGCCUAGCGGAAGGACGUUGUGGCGACUACCCGAAGAGAGAAAGGGGAGCUCGUUACAGAGAUCAAUGGAACAUUCGAGGCGGUUUUUGGUGACACAGAGCUUGUACUGGGCGAACUACCAUAACGAACAGCUUAACCGAACGUGACCACGUGCGCACAACUGGUGACCAACCGACUAUACUCUCACUUCAUGGAUUCAACACCGUUCCAG